AUGGCGAUGCACUUGCAAUCUGAGGCGGUAGCCCGAGCUGAAAAUGUGUGGCCAACUCUGCGAACCAAAGUGCUCGCGUACAGCAGCGUGAUCAGAUGCUGUUGCAGGCCUUGGUUCUGCGUCGGACCGGAGGCGACUUAUAAAGCGGAGCGUUUUAUGGCGGAAGCUGCUUCGCUGGGUGUUGAAGUGGUUGUCUUUCCAAAGGCUGUUAUGGUUGGAUAUCCGCGUGAUGCGAAGUUCGGUAUCGGCAGUCGUUCUGCAAAAGGUCGUGAGUAUUAUCGCAAACACCAUGCCCCAGCUGUCGAUGAGCCAGGUCAGUGUGAUUUCGCAAUGUUUUCGUUUCGGAUGAUUGUCUUGUCUACUAUAGAUAUUCAGGAGUGA